UCUCACUCAAAUCUUCUUUCCUCUGUCUUCCUUCGCUUCCCUCUUCUCUCACCAAAAUCUGAGAGAAAGAAAGAGAGACAGUACUGUAAUCCGAGUGAGAGAGAAAGAAAAAUGAAAAUGCAGACGAAGAAGCUCUUUAUCACCAUUGUCUCCUUUCUUCUCUAUGCUCCAUUGUUCUUAUCUUCACCAGUUCCAGACCCAGAAUCUGUUGUUGAAGAAGUUCACAAGAGCAUUAAUGCGUCGGUUGCAGGAAGAAGGAAGUUAGGUUAUCUCUCAUGUACGACCGGUAACCCAAUCGACGACUGUUGGCGAUGUGACCCACACUGGGAGCAACACCGUCAACGUCUCGCCGACUGCGCCAUUGGGUUCGGCAAAAACGCCAUCGGUGGCCGUGACGGUCGGAUCUACGUGGUCACCGACUCAGGAAACGACAACCCAGUUAGCCCCAAGCCCGGAACUUUAAGACACGCCGUGAUCCAAGAUGAGCCACUCUGGAUCAUCUUCCAACGAGACAUGACGAUUCAGCUCAAAGAAGAGCUAAUCAUGAACUCUUUCAAGACCAUCGACGGUCGUGGUGCUUCCGUACACAUCUCUGGUGGGCCUUGUAUCACGAUCCAGUACGUGACCAACAUUAUCAUUCAUGGGAUUCAUAUCCAUGAUUGCAAGCAAGGUGGGAACGCUAUGGUGCGGAGCUCCCCACGGCACUUCGGGUGGAGAACGAUAUCGGACGGUGAUGGUGUCUCUAUCUUUGGUGGAAGUCAUGUUUGGGUUGACCAUUGUUCGUUCUCUAAUUGUGAAGAUGGACUCAUUGAUGCUAUAAUGGGCUCAACGGCUAUCACUUUGUCUAACAAUCACAUGACACAUCAUGAUAAGGUCAUGUUGCUUGGUCAUAGUGAUACUUACAGUCGUGACAAGAAUAUGCAAGUCACCAUUGCUUUUAACCAUUUUGGUGAAGGCCUUGUCCAAAGAAUGCCCAGGUGUAGACAUGGGUACUUCCAUGUGGUGAACAAUGACUACACACAUUGGGAGAUGUAUGCGAUUGGAGGAAGUGCUAAUCCUACAAUCAAUAGUCAAGGGAACAGAUUUUUGGCCCCCAACAUCAGAUUUAGCAAAGAAGUGACUAAGCAUGAGGACGCGCCUGAAAGCGAGUGGAAGAGAUGGAAUUGGAGAUCUUCCGGAGACUUGUUGCUUAACGGUGCGUUUUUUACGCCGUCUGGUGGUGCAGCCUCGUCUAGCUAUGCCAAGGCCUCAAGCCUUGGGGCUAAACCGUCUUCUCUAGUUGGACCAUUAACGUCUACUUCUGGUGCACUGAAUUGCCCAAUGGCUUCUUCUAUAGUCACCUCAAGCUUGAAGCCUUUAGCCAUGGCGGAUUCUUCCUCUUCUACCAUUUUCUCCCAUCCUUCCAUCUCCUCUUCCAUCUCUUCCUCCAGAAUUCGCUGCUCCAAUACUUCGGAUUGGGCUGAAGAAGGUGGGGAAGGAAGCGUCGCUGUUGAGGAGAACGAGGACAGUUUCGAGUCACAAGAUGGUGAAGCAGAUGUGAGCGAAGGAGCUGACUUCCCGGAGCCAUCGGAAGAAGCCAAGCUUUUCGUCGGAAAUUUGGCUUAUGAUGUUGAUAGCCAAGCAUUGGCUAUGCUCUUUGAGCAAGCCGGUACUGUUGAAAUCGCUGAGGUUAUUUACAAUAGGGAAACUGACCAGAGUCGUGGGUUUGGAUUUGUGACAAUGAGUACCGUGGAAGAAGCUGAAACAGCUGUGGAGAAGUUCAACCGUUAUGAUCUGAACGGACGUCUUCUGACGGUAAACAAGGCAGCUCCAAGAGGAUCACGUCCAGAACGUGCACCUCGGGUAUAUGAACCUGCAUUCAGAGUCUAUGUAGGUAAUCUACCAUGGGAUGUGGACAAUGGCCGUCUAGAACAGGUUUUCAGCGAGCAUGGUAAAGUUGUGGAAGCUAGGGUGGUUUACGACCGUGAGACAGGUCGUUCACGUGGAUUCGGGUUCGUCACAAUGUCUAACGAGAAUGAACUCAACGACGCCAUCGCUGCUCUUGAUGGACAGAACAUGGAGGGUAGAGCAAUCAGAGUGAAUGUAGCAGAGGAGCGCCCAAGGCGGAUGUCGACGGUUGUCUGGUUCACGAUGGAUGGCUUGAGGAGUUGGAGGUUGUUGGUCUAUCUUGCAUUUUUCGCUUUGUUCAUCGGCCAUCAUGGACCAUCUUCAGUGGUCGCCUACCAGACUGAUGUCGAGGCUUUCGAAUGACCAAAACUUUCAAUCUGCUUGUCUGGUCACGAUGAUCCUUGGUUGUUUGGAAAAUUAACUCCGACAAAUUUCUUGAUUCCAAAUUGGGAUUCAUUUGACACCGAAAAUGUUUAUUUUAGCUUUGAUCUUUCAGGGCCAUAUGUGUUUCUUCCACUCAACUCCAAAGACAUAUAGACCCGAAAAUGUAGAAUAAGACGAACUUUAAGCU